AUGGCACCUUAUGAGGUGCUUUAUGGGAGAAAAUGUAGAUCUCUCUUGUGCUGGUCUGAGAUUGGAGAGAAGCACCUAGAAGGGACAGAUUUGAUUAGAGAGAUAUCAGAAAAGGUGUCAGUGAUACAGAAAAGGUUGAGGACAGUGUUUAGUAGGCAGAAGAGCUACACAGAUUUCAGAAGAAGAGAUGUGCAGUUUGGCACGGGGGAUCAUGUUUUCUUAAAGAUCUCUCCUAUGAAAGGAGUAAUGAGGUUUGGAAAGAGGGGCAAGCUUAGUCCCCAAUACAUUGGCCCAUUUGAGAUAUUAGACAAGGUUGGCAAUGUAUCUUACAGAUUAGCACUGCCUCCAAACCUCAGCCAUGUGCAUCCAGUAUUCCAUAUAUCUAUGCUUCGGAAAUAUGUGCCGGAUCCAUCCCAUGUGCUACUAGUGCAGAAAGUUACUGUAGAGGGAGAUUUUUCUUAUGAAGAACUUCCUGUAGCUAUUCUUGAUACUCAUAUUAGGAAGCUGAGAAAUAAAAAAAUAUGUAUGGUGAAGGUUCAAUGGCACCGGCACAAUGUUGAUGAGUGCACUUGGGAUUCGGAGCAGAAUAUGAAGAGCAGAUGCAUUGAAGUGGCAAAGGCAAAAUGGGGAUUUAGCAUUGUGAUGUGA